UCUUUUCAGACACCGUAAUACGACGUACUGACGCUGGGCGAAGCUAACAUGUCGGAAUUCUUGGAGGACCCGUCUGUUCUCACGAAAGACAAACUAAAGAGUGCACUUCAGGCCAAUAAUGUCUCUCUUCCUAAUGGCGAACAGAAAAAGGACGUUUAUGUGCAACUGUACCUGAAAAAUCUGACUGCGCAAAACAAGAAGAAAAGCGCCCCUCCAGAAGCGUUCUCCAGCGACGAGGAAUUGCCAGCCCCCGUGGUCUCCAACAGAAGCCGCUCCGGCAGGAAAGCCACGAGGAAAACGGACAAGCCUCUGCCGACCGAGGUGGAUGUCAUGGAGCUGAGUGACGAGGACCUGAGGGAGCAGCUCCAGAAGUACGGAGUCGGGAUUGGCCCAAUCGUGGCCUCCACCCGUAAGCUGUAUGAGCGGAAACUGCAGAAGCUGUUGGAUGAGGGGCCUCCAGAGGCCCUGGCCCCUCCAGCAGCCCCCCCAGAGACAGACGGUAGCCAGAACGGCAACGCAGAAUCCGACCAUUACAGUGACAAAGAGGAAGAGACGGCCGUACCGGAACCAGAGCCUGAGCCAGAACCAGCACCGGCUCCAGUGGUGGAGAGGCCCUUGAGGAGCAGAGGGAAGAUCCCAGUCACCACUCGCACCAGAAGCAGCCAGCACAACAGACAUGUAGAGCUGCUAGAGGAGGAACUGCAAUUGAUGGAUGAGGAGGAGGAAGAAGAGCCAGUGCUGAACAUUAAGAGACGGUACCGGCGUGCUUCCUCAAUGCUUGAGCAGGCCAUGAUCUCCAGCGAUGACAUUGACGUACCUGACAACUCGCCAUCUCAGGUCGGGACUAGAGACCCCAAGUUUCUAUCAGAACCGAUGGGCAGAACUUCCAAAGCUCCCCCGGUUGAGUCCUACACUAUGGACUCUACCAAGCCCCGUAAACCAGCGCAGAAUGGGGCUUUCCAGCAGGUUAAAGAUCCCCAAACCUUCCAACCCUCUGCAUGGAAUGAAAACAUCCACCAGGACAGCUUGUCAUCUUCGUGGCAAAAAGAAAAGGCCAUACCUCCGGAUCCCAACCCAUCGGGGUUGGCAAUCAAACCAUCCAAGCCCCCAUUCUUUGCUGUUGCCAUUGAAGGCUCUCAGCACUCCAGCGCAAGUUCCUUCACAUCCUCAGUUACCAAUGUAGGUUCAGGUCCGCCGGACUCCUCUUCUCCCCUGUUCACUAGGCAGGGGUCGGCGUCUGUUCAGCCAAAACAACGCAAGCCUGUGUCCCAGACCAUUGAACAGGCGUACAAGGAGUCUACGGAGGUUGACAAAGGCGAUGGCCGGCAGCAGAAAAUCACUCCCUUCCUCUCCCCCGUGACCCCAGUGAGGGGGCAGAGAGAUAGUCCCUCACAGACAUGGGUAGAGAAGGUGUCGGCAGUGGAGCACACCCCCAAAGCAGAUGCAAAGGACGUGCUGAAGGAGAUGUUCCCCAAUGAUGUCAACACCCCAACAGGCAUUAGUGCCACCUGCAGGCGGCCAAUCCGCGGCGCAGCAGCACGGUCCGGAGUAUCGACUGACACCUGGCUGGACGACACACGUCUUAGACUGACGGAGCUGCGUGAGACCAGCUUCUCCUCCACUUCCUCCUCCAACUAUGUGGAGUCCCGCCCCUCGACACGCCUCCUCCUGUCCCCGGUCCCGUCCGCCUUCUCCGCUCCUCGGCACGCCUCUGCCCCCACUGUCAGGGCGCCCAUCGGUGGCCAGUCACGGCGCCAGCGCUGGAUGCCCGUGUGGGUGCAGGUGCUGGUGUUCGGCGUGCUGGCCGGCUUCCUGUUCCUCGUCUACCAGGCCAUGGAGACCAACGAGAGCAACCCGUUUGGCUUCCUCACACAGCAGACCGAGGAUGCGCCCGAAGGACAGACCAGCAAGUGAACCCACCGACCGCACCCCCUCCAAUCCGCCUGACAAACCCCAAACACAACUCUACCCCACCCCACCCCAAAGACGACCCUCUCAACACCUCCUCUUCUGCCCUCUGAUAUGCUCCACUCUGCACAUCAUCUUCCCUUCCUCAUACUCCAUUGUGGUUCAUUUAUUUUUGCUGUCUAUUCCUUAAUAUUGCAUUGUUUCCAGAAACUUAAAUAAAGAAUUGAUUCGGCCCUUUCUGACAGUACCCUAAUCUUUCCUGCACAUUAAAGCUCCACUGAGUUAGUGAUCAUAAGAGGAAGUGGCACUGUUGCCUCCUCUUUCCACUGGUCUCCCAUCCUCCCCAUUUCCUCCUCCUCUUCCAUGUUUUUGUUUUACUUGUUUGUUUUCCCAGUUCAGGAUCUCUCCCUUGACUGAAUCCUGACCCACGGCUUUCAGCUCUUGCCAGAUCACAGGGACUAUCUUAUCUUUCAUGUAUCCUCACAUCUUCAUUUGCGUGUGCGUGCGAGAGGGAGAGAGACAGAGAGGCAGAAACACAUUUCUCAUCUUGUGGGUCUCUGACUUGAUCCAUGAUGUUGUUGGUGCUUUCCCCUUGAAACAAAGCUGUCAAUUAUCAUGUUCAAGACGAAUUCAGGAAAAGCUGAAGGAAUCAUGACUCACUCUGUUUGUCCCUCACCAGCACAGGUAGUUUGCUGUGUGUGGGUUGGACACUCCUUGAUUGUGAUUUCACUUGAGAUAUUUACAAAUCCCCAAUUAACCUUUUUUGUAGAUCAUGUAUUUAAAUAAUAUAUAUACAUUGUUGAAAUACUAAAGUCUGUGUUUUCAAUAAAGGGUUUGUCAUGUAACCAGGAAGGAUCAUUUCUGUUUUAUUAAUGAGUACAGGCUCUAAGAGUUGCUUCUUGACUCCUGUACUCAUCUACACGAUAAUAAAUUCACACCGCACUUAAGAAAUAUUGGCCAAGAUGUCCAAAAUCUGAAGGCGGAGUUGAGAAAUGUCUGAACUUCAUGCUCUUUUUUUCUGAAAUUAUGUUUGAAUUUCUGAUAUUGAGUAAUUGAAAUCAGUCUAGUCAGCUUCCAUUGGAAUUAAAACCAGGUGAACUCUUCCCAAUUGUAUUGGAUAACAAUUAUUUUUUUAUAUUUAGCCUUGGGGGUUUGCUUUGUUCCAAUAUGUCUGCAGAUUGCGAUUUCUGGUAUCUGCAGUAUUUUUCUAUAAUGUUUCAUUACAAAUGUCAAGUUUUAUUAUGUUUGAUUAAUGGCUAACCACAGAAUUGGUGGAUAUAUUCACAACUGAGGUGGGGAACUUGUGGACCUCUUUCAAAGCAAACUAUUGAAAUAUCUGACAAAAUGUCCAUUUAAAUGUAUUUAUUUGGUGGGUUUUGUAGCCCAAGUCAUGGGCAAAACGUCAGUGUGGGGUGGAUAUUUUUUUUUUUCAUAUGGUUGUAGUCAGUCCUGUAUAAUUUGUAGAAAUCAUAAUAAAAUUGUUAAUUUUAUAUCCAAA